AUGCCAGGUUCUCGGGGGAAACCCCCGUCCCCGUCCCGCGGUGGUCGGGCGGCCGGUGCGACCAAAGAACGGGAAGUAACGGGUGCCGCCCGACAGAGUCUUCGGGAUCCAAGCAGCCUCUGUGAAAUUUACGUGACCGCCUUCUCUGCUUUGAAAGAUCACCUUCAAUCUGUCGGCGACCAGGAACUGAACGAUUUAUUUUCCUUUGUUGCGCGGCAGUCAUCCUCCAGUCAGCUGCCCUCUGCGUCAUGCUUCCCCAGCGGCGCAGGGACUCCCCCAGCGCCAACUGCAGCGUCUCGCGGUGGGGAUCAGACCAGUUGCUUUCCUCGGGAUCCUUCCUGUGAAAUCAGGAAGCCUGGAGAUGGGGCGGUUGACGGCGCAAGUCGAAGGAAGCCCUCCCAAGGCCGGUCGGCGCAGCCAACACCCGACCACGGCCACGCAGAGUCCGCAGCGUCGGGCAUGGCAGACGGCGCUUCUUUGACUGGCGAACUGCUAGAUGACUUCUCAACAACGACAACGACCUGUGGGCACGAGUCAUCACGCCCCGCUAGGGUGUCUACGUCUUCAUCUUGGUCGUCUACGUCCCCGUUGGCCGCGGCCAACUUCUUCGUUCCCGCGGACAGUGCGUCUUCGGCGCCGUUCUGUCCCUCCUCCGGGGGGUCUCUCUCCCCCGACUGCUCACCAAUCAAUAUGGCGGUCGCCGAUCCGUUGCCUUCGCUCUUGGAGCAAGCGUCGCCGAGUGCCGAAAAAAAGUCGUCAAAGCAGCCCAGGCAAAUGGCUUCGCCCGCGUCGGCUCGCAGAUCCGGAGAAAGUCCGCGGUCCUGGGCGCAGAGGGAGUCUGCUGAUUCGUGGGCAGUGCAAAGGCGCCAGAAGAAGUCGGCCGCAGACCAGGUCGCAGACGGCGAGAGGUCCGCGUCGCCGACGACACUGCGCGCCUCUCCUCGGCUUUCCCCUGUCAAGGUCAAACCUGAAACAGCUCCCACUCCUCGGCGUGCCCGCACGCCUACGCGAUCGAGUCCUCGUCUCCAGCGGCGCCAUCCCUCGCCUCCACCUGCGUCAGACUCCGAGGUGGUCGAUGACGCCGCUGUUGGUACGCGGAAGAGGGUCCCGAAACAAAAAAAAGCCGCGCAUUCCAGCUCCAAAACCAAGUGCUUGAGAAAGAUGUCUCACCGGAGCUCCCGCCGGAGUUCCGUUGCCGAGGAAGGCUCUCAGGCAGCGGAUGAAGACGCGCAAAUGGAAGCUGGAGGCGAACGCCCCAAUCGGGGUCCCAAGGCCGCGGUCAAGGCGAGCGAGGAGUUCGCGUCGGUCUCGUCUGACAGUCGUCGCGAGUCGAACGACGUGUUUUGCGGUUUCUCGCCGAAGAAGGAGACUCCGCUGUCGGUUUCGAAGCAGAGGCGGAAAGGAAAGAGAGCCAAGGUUACGAGGAAACAGAAUCAGGCGUCCGCGCAGGCAAUGCGAACUGACUCUGCGGACGCUGCAGGUGGCUGUGACGCCUACUUCUCUCUUGCGGUGUCUCCUGUCUCCGCGUCGGGUGCAAAGCGGGAGCGUGAUGCGGAGGACGAGUCUGUGCCCCCCAGCUUCAAACGGAAGAAAAUGCAGCCGAAGGAAGAACUGGAUGAUGAUAGUGUGGGAAGACAAGAAACAGAUGGGCCCGACAGCGCCAUGAGUGUGUCACGCAGUACAUCUAAAAGGGACCCGGAAUCGUUGUCAUCCGAAGAAGCUGCGCCGGAGCCUGACUUCCGAGACGCCACCGCCGUUGCGCAACCCGAAGAUGAUCGUGACCUGGCAGCUCUCAAUUUUGGGAAGCCUGUCACGAGUCUUUCUCGUACUCGCACUUCUGCGAGCGACGGCGACGGCGCCAAGUCCCGGAUGCUUACCUCCGAUAUGACAUCGAAUCAAGCAGCGGAUUGGAUGACUGAUGAAGCGCAUGAGGACGGUGAUAUGAGUGAAGUUUCUCGUUUGAAGAGCAAAUGGCUGCAUGAAGCCACCGAUAAGGCCAGGCGCAUGCUCUCCACCGCCUCAACUGUAUCAGGGGGAGGCGCAUCGAACCCUGCCCUUUGCCUGAUGGUUCCCGAUGCUCCGCAUAGUCCGGAAAUGGACACGGGAGCAUUUUGUUCACCUGCUCUCUCUUCUAGCGCAGGACAUGUUGGUUCGCCGACUUUCUUCCGCCACAAGGUCCUGCGUCCGACCCCCGAUGUCGAAGAAGCCCCGGAAUUUGACCUCGGGCUGUUCAUGGUGCGGACUGCGGCGUUGUCGAAGCACGCGGACGACGUCGUUCCGUGUCUUGCUGAUGAAGAGCUAAUGGAGUUCUCCGUGGUUCCCCGCAAAUACAUCUCGCCGCCAGCCGCGGAGAGGCCCGCCCAGAGCCUUCAAGAGAGAUUUUUGCAUAUGAAACUCCUCGCACACAUACCGAAAGUCGACGGGACGUACCAAGUCGGUCUCGAUAUGAAAGAGGCCAGCUGGUACAUGCCAAAGCACCCUGAGACAGGGAUGGUGAAGUCUAGCUCGAAGGAAGCUGCUAUGAAAAAACUCCUCGAGCAGCAAGAUAAGUGGAACCCUUUCUCCGUGUUCGGCUCAUCGCUGCCUUGCGUGGAACUCGAUGACGUGUUUGAUUAUGAGGUGUAUAGUACAACUGCUCCUUCGGCGCGCGUAUCUCACCCUCUCUUCCGCCGCCUGGCACAGUUUUAUGAAUUUAAAGACCUGUGGAAAACCGUGACGCCGGCAGAAUGGGACAAGGUUCGAUCGUCGUUCAAGACACACUGGAAAAAGCAGUACAAGUUGGAUUUGGACUGGCGGAACGACCCGGUCACAGUGGACGAGUUUAUGUGGAUGCUCGAGGCGAACGGGCAGACGGAAGACAAGACCGAGACGGUAUUCAAUGCGGAAGUGUGCUUUUGCGUAACUCCUAAUCCUAGUGAAAAUUUCGCCUGGAACGACCCUCGCUGUCAUAAAUACCAGGUGCCAAGACCCUCUAUGAGCCACCUUUUGCACGAGCGUCUUAACGACGAAAACGUGGCACCCAAUGCCCAAGAAGCGACGACAUCGGCGCUGCAACAGGCAUGUGAGGUGAAGCGGCGAAGCGUGGACGCCGCAAAUCUGCGACGUCUGUCGGUGGGUCCUUUCGAGUCUGGGAGCUCGCGACGUUUGUCGGUGACCGGUGCCUUCAGUCCCAACUGCACGAAGUCUCGGAAAGAUGUCCUUCCGUGGCAUCAUCCUUCAAAGCAGGCACUGUUCCCGACUCAUUGA